UCUCCGCGCCGCCCUGGGAGCCGCAGCUGGUCCCGGCCUUGCGGCCUGCGGGGGAGGCUGCCCGGAGGAGGCGGCGACGGUGGCGGCGGCUGUACGUCCCCGGCCCCCUGGACCGCAGCUUUCUUACUGCCAGGUCUAUCCAUCAGUCCAUCCAUCCGUGGGGGUCCACAAUGGCCACCUUCAGCCGCCAGGAAUUUUUCCAGCAGCUGCUGCAGGGCUGUCUCCUGCCUACUGCCCAGCAGGGCCUUGACCAGAUCUGGCUGCUCCUUGCCAUCUGCCUCGCCUGCCGCCUCCUGUGGAGGCUUGGGUUGCCAUCCUACCUGAAGCAUGCAAGCACCGUGGCAGGCGGGUUCUUCAGCCUCUACCACUUCUUCCAGCUGCACAUGGUUUGGGUCGUACUGCUCAGCCUCCUGUGCUACCUCGUGCUGUUCCUCUGCCGACAUUCCUCCCAUCGCGGCGUCUUCCUCUCCGUCACCAUCCUCAUCUACCUACUCAUGGGUGAGAUGCACAUGGUGGACACCGUGACAUGGCACAAGAUGAGAGGGGCCCAGAUGAUUGUGGCCAUGAAGGCGGUGUCUCUGGGCUUCGACCUGGACCGGGGUGAGGUGGGUGCAGUGCCCUCGCCCGUGGAGUUCAUGGGCUACCUCUACUUCGUGGGCACCAUCGUCUUUGGGCCCUGGAUAUCCUUCCACAGCUACCUACAGGCCGUCCAAGGCCGCCCGCUGAGCCGCCGAUGGCUGCAGAAGGUGGCCCGGAGUCUGGCGCUGGCCCUGCUGUGCCUUGUGCUGUCCACCUGUGUGGGCCCCUACCUCUUCCCGUACUUCAUCCCCCUUGAUGGUGACCGCCUCCUUCGCAACAAGAAACGCAAAGCCAGGGGCACCAUGGUAAGGUGGCUGCGAGCCUAUGAGAGCGCUGUCUCCUUCCACUUCAGCAACUAUUUUGUGGGCUUUCUGUCCGAGGCCACGGCCACGUUGGCAGGGGCUGGCUUCACCGAGGAGAAGGAUCACCUGGAAUGGGACCUGACGGUCUCUAAGCCACUGAACGUGGAGCUGCCCCGGUCCAUGGUGGAAGUUGUCACAAGCUGGAACCUGCCCAUGUCUUAUUGGCUAAAUAACUAUGUUUUCAAGAAUGCUCUCCGCCUGGGGACCUUCUCAGCUGUGCUGGUCACCUAUGCAGCCAGCGCCCUCCUGCACGGCUUCAGCUUCCACCUGGCUGCGGUGCUGCUGUCCCUGGCGUUUAUCACUUAUGUGGAGCACGUCCUCCGAAAGCGCCUGGCUCGGAUCCUCAGUGCCUGCAUCUUGUCGAAACGGUGCCCAGCAGACUGUUCACACCAGCAUCGCUUGGGCCUGGGGGUGCGAGCCCUAAACCUGUUCUUUGGGGCCCUGGCCAUCUUCCACCUGGCCUACCUGGGCUCCCUGUUCGAUGUUGAUGUGGACGACACCACAGAGGAGCAGGGCUACGGCAUGGCAUACACUGUCCACAAAUGGUCAGAGCUCAGCUGGGCCAGUCACUGGGUCACUUUUGGAUGCUGGAUCUUCUACCGUCUCAUAGGCUGAGGCACAUCUGUGGACCCUCACAACUCUCUCAAGACCCCUCCUCAGGGUGCCAGCUCUGAUGGGGGAUGAGGGAAGGCCCUCUCUCUAAUUCUUGACCCUCUCUCCAUCCUUUACCCCCCCAACACCCAUACACACACACACACACACACACACACACACACACACACCCCAUUUCCAUGCCUGUCAAUCCCCACCCCACCACAAGGCGGGAAGGGAGUGGUCCCUGCUGGGGCCUAGGGGCGGGGGAUACUUGGGGAAGCAGAGAGGGGGAGAUACAGGGCCUCCCCGCCUUCCUUGACCCUUUUUAUAUACAGUUUGUUAUUAUCAAAUAAAAGUAGGAAGUAUACAAAAGGCUCGCUCUUCACUGCUCAGUGGGGAAUAGAAGUGAGUGAGGAAGGGGGCACAGCAUGGAUAAAGGUUUGGAAGCUAGAAACCGUGAAGAGGGAGGUUGUGAUUGGUUCAUGGUUUAUUAUCAUUCAUGAUUGGAUGAUGAGCCUGAGGAUAGCACUGCUUGAUUUGAGUGGGGCCAGGACAGAUUGGAUACUUGGAUGUAGGGGAGGCCUGAUACUAAUUGGCUAGAAAAACUGAGGGAUCCCCAUUCGGUUUGGUUGCCCUGACUGGGACAGAGGAGGGAAAGACUGAUGAAGAGCUGAUGCUUAUUGGUCCUUAGGACUGAGGGCUGUGGGUUCUAAUUGGAUAGGAGGCCUGGGUUGGAUCUGGAUACUGACUUAGUCUGGGUGCCCACUGGGUUAGAGUUAUGGAGUCCUGAUUGGUUCUUUAGAGUUGGCAGGGGGAGAUUGAGGGUCUCCAUGCCAAUUGGCCAACAAGGCUGAAGGGCCUGGGUUUUGAUUGGUUCUUCUGACUUGAAGUCAGGAGAGGUGAAGAUGGCCUGAGGGGGAGGCAGAGGCAGCGUGUAGGAUUGAUCUGCCUGUUGUAUUAACAGUUUCCUUGCCCAUUCGGGGAUUAGGAUUGAAGGUUGGUCUGGGAAAAGAUUUCGUUGCUCUGCCUUUGCAAAUGAGGGCAAAGGUGAGAAGACACAAUGCAAUGCUGAUGCAACAGCACAGAAACACCCGAUUUCCGAUGUGAUUUAUAAGGGGAUAGGAAACUGAAGCCGCGACUCGCUGCAGGUUGGCUUCCGCCGAAAACGCCCACCAACCUCGGCCCUCCCAGCCUCUUCCACGCCUGACUGGGUCUCAACCAACAGCGAAAAUGGUACCAACGCGUGAGGGCGGGGUCGGCGGCACAGAGAAUUACUAUUGGUUGGGAGCGGCACUGGCCUCCUUCCCAGCCCCUCCAUUGGCCAGUUCCGUAAGGCGGAACCUGUGAGGGGUUGGGUUUGAACUAGGGAUAUUUCGGAGCCAGCGAGCGAUCCUAGAGAGACCCCGGAGCCGGUGGGAGAGGCCGCUGCAGCCGCGCUGCUGGUUUCCAGGACUACGGGGAGGGUAAUAGCUUUCCGUUGCAUGAUGCAAGACAGUGACCCCUGCAAAUGGGACCUUACCUGGUCGUUGUGUCUCCCCCAGCCGACUGUGACCCCUGAGGGCGGGGAUCAGGUGGCUCCCCCACCAAAGCGUGACCAAUGAGGGCUGGGACCUAGUAUGAUUCUUGUGUCUGCCCACCAGACUGUGACCAAUGAGGGCAGAGACUGGGCCUGGUUCCUAUCUUCCCCAGCAAACUGACCAAUGAGGGCUGGGACCUGUUCUAGUUCCUGUGUCUACCGCAUCCUAUGGCUCCCGGAGGGCUGGAACAAGCUUUCAGUAUUUCUGUGGCCUUAUAGUCAUGUUUUUUAAAACAGUAAAUAAUUAGAUUAUUUUAAUCAUGUCUGUAUUGAUUGGUUAAUUGAGUCCAUUUACAUUUCUUGUCAUAAUAAACUAUUUGGAUUUGA